UGUAUCGAAAAAGUCUCGAAUUGUUUUGAUCGUUUCCCUGGCGAUUUGUUUUGGUUUCUUUUUCUGAUAAUAUUCCUAUAAUCGGCUGUUUGUUACAAAAUACUCAAGAUUUUUAAUUCGUUUGGUUUAUCGUAUUUAUCUUAAGUUGAAUCAUUUAAGCACGCAAUUAUGACGGAUGAUGUGAAACGAUUUUUCUCCAAUAUGUUGCACAGAGUCGCCGGCCUCCGCUGUGUGAUGGUUACCGACCGUGACGGGGUACCACUGAUCAAUCUGGAGCGGGAAAAAUCUGAGUUCGUGAUGAAACCGGCCUUUCUUUCCACUUUUACGCUGGCCGCCGAACAAUCGAAUAAGUUAGGCCUGGGAAAAAAUAGGAACAUUAUUUCUGUGUACGCCGACUAUCAAGUAGUACAAAUGAAUAAAUUGCCGCUAGUGGUCACGUUCAUAGGGGCGGAAAAUUGUAACAUCGGUCACAUUCUGGCGAUGGACCAACAAAUAGACGUGAUGCUGGAGGAACUUAAAACGGCAGUUACGGAUUCCUAGGUGUCACAAAAAAAACUAAUUGUAAGUACAGAUUACGGUGUUUAUUUCAAAAAAAUCUUAUAUGUCUAUGUUUGUAAAAUCUUUAAAA